AUGGAUUUGCGUCGAGAACAUUUUCGCGCUAUGAUUAUUUACGAUUUUAAAUGUCGCCUGAAACCAGACGAAUCGUACGAUAGACCUCAAAUGGCAUUAAUGGAUGAAGGCACUUCUAAGGCAAUCGUGUAUCGUUGGUAUAAUGAAUUUAAGCGAGGUCGACUAACUUUGGGGGAUGAAGAAAGAAGUGGUCGCCCUUUGACGGCUGUUACGAAAGAAAACAUGCUAGCAGUGAAAAAUUUGGUCCAAGACAAUAGACGAAUUACAUAUCAAAAGAUUCAGCAUAUACUGCAGAUUGGAUCAGGAAGCCUUCACGAGUCUCUACACGUGCAUCUACGGGUGCGGAGGAUAGUUUCACGCUGGGUGUCGUACAACCUCACCAAUGUUCAGAAGCAGGCAAAGGUGGAAUGGUGCCAUGAUAUGAUAGACAAAUUUGAAGCAGGCUAG